CUUUUCCGUUUCAGAAUACUGUUGAUAUUAUGCACCCGUCCUGCGACUUGUAUCCGAUCACUGCACAUCACCGUGACUACUAACAAUACUAUGUGAUUUGGCCAGCGAAACGCCGCGCUUCCGUAUCGAAAAUGAGUCUCGAGUACGGCCACGAACAUGGCCAUCACCACCGCCGGAGUUUUAUAUUUAUAUGGAUAUCAUUUGUGCUGGCCGUCAUUUCCACGCCAGUGUUUUGCGUGUGUUACCUGACUACAUUCAUUGGUAGAUUUGUAUUGUUACGAGUUCUAAAAAAGAUGUAUCCAGACUUGGAGUUCAUAAAGUCGGUGUCCAUUCGGUCUGCAAUGGAUACGCCUAAAAAUACAGGAUACGUUGUGGUAUUACUUAAAGUUAUUGGAGAUUUUGACAUUAAUCUGAUGAAACACACGAUUCAGACAGAUAUAGUGGAAAAAUAUGACCGGAUAAGCGGUCGUCCGUGUUACCCGCAUCUUCAGUGUUCGCUGACGAAGAAAUGGAUGCGAUACGCGUGGAUCAAACCAUCCAAGUUUUCCAUCGACAACCACGUGAUCGGAUUGCCGGAGACCAAGGCAGCAUCCGAAGACGACAUCAUGAAACACGUCAACGACAUAAUUGCGGUGCUCAUACCGCCCGAACUUCCGCAGUGGCAGAUCACCAUGAUCCCGGCGGACGAGGACACGUUCUAUCUGCUGGUCCGGAUACACCACCUGUAUUCGUCCGAGGACGGCGUCGGGCUGAGCGACCUGUUACUACUGAAACCGGACGACGGUGGUCUGAAACACGGCGAAACGGCGGCUGCGUCGUCGUCUACAGCGGACGCCGACAGCAUCCAGAACAUCCUGUCGACCGUGUACCAGGCGCCGACCGCGUUGCCCAGGCUCUGCGAACACCUGUCGGAGAUAUGUGCCAACACGUGGAACGAACUGGUGUCCACGUACGACCCGCUGGAGAACCCGAAGGUGUUCAGGCGCCGGCCUAACGUGUUCAUUUUCGGCACCAUGCUAGUGAUCGUUACCGCGUCCGCGGCCAAGGACAAGACCACCAAGCGGAACUUUGCGCACAAGUUGAAGCGGGAAAUGACGCGCCGCGACAUCCAAUUCCGAUACAUGUUCGAGAGUCUGAUUAACACGUUCCACCCGGCCCUGUGGGUUUCGAUCGCCUGGUGGCUGUUCGUCAAGUGCGUACUCCGGUUGCCCAUCACCAUGCUGCUGAUGAUCAAGAACACGUCCACAUACGUGUACUGGAUGUCCGUGCUGCUGCACUCGGUGUCCGAGCUGCUGUACCUGGCCCGGCUUAUAUACUACGCGCCGAGCACCGUCAUCCGGGAACUGGUGUUGCCGUUCUUCAGCGGCCCGGACCGCGGUGCCAUGCAGAAGCCGGAGGGCAGCAAGUGCGUGUACUGGUCGCGGCCCAUCGACCUGGACCUGGUCAACACCAUACACGACAACACGGGCGCGGCCACGUGCGAGAUCCAGCUGUCCAUGUUGGCCGCCGCGCUGCAGGAUUACUUCGACGUCACCGGCGUCCGGUUCUCCAAGAACGUGAUGACCACCACACGGUUCGUGUCCAAGGCCAACUUGUUCCAGCUCAACAACCGGCACGUGGUCACCAACGGGCUGCUGGCCCUGCCGCUGCCCAUGGACACCGACCACGAUCCCAUAUACAGCCUGCACGAGAUGCAGGAGUGCCUGCAAGAGGCCAUCGGCAACCAGACAGCCCUGUACAUAGCGUCCAUGUGGCAGAUCGACCACAGCCUGGCCACUUCGUUCCUACCGUCGCCGUUGGUCAGCUGCGGGCUGCACUUCCUAUCCAAGAAGUUCCCGCUGACCGUCACCUACGUCGAGGAACACAAGUUGGACCGCAAGCGACGGGUGUUGUUGUGGGGCCAAGAGGUGGACGCCAUCUUGUACUGGAGACCACCGCAAGCCAACGUCUGUAUGUCGUUAUCAAUAAUUAACUACGGCGGACAUUUGAGACUGGCGGUGAUGUCCGACGCGAAAAUGACUCCUCCGUGCAAAGAUAUUGUGUCCACGUACGAAAAAAAUAUCCCACAGUUUAUUACCGCCGCUGAGCACUAUGCGAAAAUUGUCAACACUUCGGAUUAGACUAGUAUUUUUUAUAUAUUUAUAUUAGGUUUAUAUUAAAUAAUGAAAAAAUCCAUUUUAUUGUUUUUAUAUUAAAAAUUAAACUAAAACUUAUAAAAUA